AUGUAUCAGCUCAGCUCAAGCAUUUACGGCCAUGAACAGGACGUGAGGUCUGUGGUAGCAUUGAGCAAUGGCAGUUUUGCUAGUGCUUCAAGGGACGGUAAGGCCUUCCUUUGGAAGAAACAAGACAGAGAUUGGAUUAAAUCUUUGAUUUACGCCACGGACAAAUUCAUAAACAGCGCUGCUUUUGACGAAACCAAACAAGUCUUGUACCUCGGCGGACAGGAUAUGCUUAUAAAUGGGUUUUCUGUCGACGACAGUACAACGUUAGAACCUGACUACGUACUAGUUGGACACAAGUCCAACGUUUGCAGUCUUUCUUGUUGGCAAAACUAUGUUUUGAGUUCAAGCUGGGAUAAAACGGGCAAAGUUUGGGAGAAUGGAAAGGUUAAGUACGAUUUGGUGGGCCAUGCCGCAUCAGUGUGGGACAUCAAAGCCGUGAACGAAGACACGUUUUUAACAGCUUCCGCUGAUAGGACUAUAAAGGUCUGGAAAGGCUCUAAAAGUGUGAAAACAUUCUCUGGAAUCCAUAAUGAUGUGAUUCGGCAUGUGGCUGUUUACGGCGAGGGCGACAAAUUUGCUAGUUGUUCCAACGAUGGAACCAUAAAGAUCAUGGAUUUGGAUGGCAAUGUUCAAAAGACGCUUAUUGGCCAUGAGAGCUUUGUCUACGCUGUGAAAUACUUGGAAGAUGGCCGUCUGGUGAGCUGCGGAGAAGAUAGGACUGUUCGUGUAUGGAGUACAGACGGGGAGGUUCAACAGGUGAUAACACUUCCUGCCAUCUCCAUAUGGGAUCUUGAUCUCUUCCCCAAUGGGGAUAUUGUGGUGGGGUGCAGCGAUAAAUCAAUAAGAAUUUUCAGCCAAGAAACCUCAAGGUUAGCGUCGGAGCAGGACUUACAAGCAUUUCAGCAAGAAGUCGAGAGUUCCGCUCAUAGUGCACAGUCCAUGGAAUUUAACGAGUCGAGGCUUUCUCCCCCCGAAGUUUUAAAAAAGCCAGGCAAUGAGGGCCAGAUAGUCGUAGUGAAAAGUGAAGCAGGGAUCCUUGAGGCGCACCGGUAUACCCAAGAAGCAUGGAGCAAAGUUGGAGAUGUAGUAUCAUCCGCGGGAAGCGACAAAAAAGCCGAGUACAACGGCAAAAGAUAUGACUAUGUGUUUGAUGUUGAUAUUUCUGACAAUAUGCCACCCUUAAAGCUUCCCUUUAACCUCACCGAUAAUCCUUACGUCACAGCGGACAAGUUUUUAGCUGACAACGAGCUUCCUUCAUCCUACAAGGAAGAAGUAGUCAGAUUUAUCAUAAAAAACACCGAUGCUGUUACAUUUGAACCGGAGUCUGCACCUCCGACUCAAUCGGCCCCUGUUGCAUCGUUCGUAGGGAAAGUCGUUCCCACCAAGACAUAUUUGAGACUUAGCGCCUAUAAUGUGGAUGCAAUUUUUAGCGGUAUUGUCAAGUUGAAUGCUUCCGAGAAAACCUUCAACGACGAGGAACUAGCCUCAACUGGGGCCGCACUUCAUGAUUUGGAAGAAAAUUACGAAUUUCUCUUUACACAGGCUGAGGUCAUUCGUUCCUCCUGGAAAACUAAAACUCCCUCUUACGACAUUUUGCGGCUAAUUGUUCACUUGCUGCCUACAGCUGACUGCAUGAGUGACUUCAUAGAAGAAGGGCUCGGCUCAUCGGAUCCAACCCUUGCAAUGCUCACCAUCCGUGCCCUUGCAAAUUGCUUCUCUAACCCCACAUGGGGUGAAGAGCUCAUGUCUAAGGAAUCAGUAUAUUCCUCGGUCUUCAAAACAAUUGACGAUCAAAGUUUUGCAAAUCCAAAGCUGCAAACAGCAACCGCCGUGGCGAUAGCGACUCUUCUAUUGAAUUACAGUGUUUACAUUGUUCAGCAUAACCAAUUGGACCUUGUACCAGAGAUUUCUGAUACCCUUAAUACUAAAUUUGGACCCUCAGCUUUCUGCCAACAUUGCGAAGAGGCAGCUUACAGAAUGGCCGUUGCGUAUGGAAAUUUGAGCACAGUCGAACCCGUCCUCAGGCAAUUUACCCAAUCGAUAUCUUGGCUCAAGAAGAUACGUACGACUUAUCAGGGCAUUCCAAGAUUCCAAGAUAUCUUGAGUGAUCUUUUCGCUUGA